GUGCUUCCUUUUCUACGGUGGGCUCCUGCUCACAGCCCACAACUGAAGUGGUUCCUCCAAAGCUGAGGGAGCCUGCAGAGAAGUCAAGGGUGGAGGAGAGGAGCCCCAAGACAAAACCAGAAAUCUCUGGAUCCUAGGUUGAGGGAGUUUUCCUCCCAGGACCACUCCUAGCUCCAGGAUCCAAAAGCUCACUUCCUACCCACUGUGCCUCCUAACUACUGCUUCAAGAGGAAGUGAAGGAAAGCAGAGGAGGUGGGAAGAGGAUAGGAAACAGAAGAGCGGGGAGAAGAUGGGACAGUGACCUGGUGGUCUUGUAUGUCACCUGCACCCUGCUCCUGGCCGACCCUGGGGUGCUGUGCAUGAGCAGCCUCCUCCUUCCAGCUCCAGACCUGCAGGGCUCAGCAGGAAGAGACCCAGACUGACCCAGAACUUGACACAUUGUGACCUUUGCCCCCUUCCAUCUGUGUGACCUGGAGCUCCUCACGUGUCACAUAAGAACUGUACCUUCCGUGGUCUUGCAAGGAUCAGGUGUAACACGUGGAUGUGGCCAGGAUGGUGCCUGUCACAUAAUAAGUCCUCCUGCAGUGUGGGCUUUCUCACCUACCUGACCUUAUUAGUUCCAGAUGGAAAGCCCCUCACAAGAUGUGUUAGGGUACCAGCCCUGCACUGCCAAUAAAUGCACCUACUCACUAGGUGGAUCUGCCCCAGGCUGUGACAGAUUUCAAUUAUCUGAUGGAAAAGAAAACUCUGAAACAGAAGCAAAAAGGAAACGACCUUCCAGCCCCCAAAUCAACACCACCUUCGUUCAGUCCUGUUUUCAUUCCCACCUUGCUCAGGUGUCGUGGACCCAUGUCUGCUCUUCAAUUCUUCACCAUCCCUGGAGGACAAAUUUUGCUGUCAGUAGUAGUCAGAGAACAACAGAUUCCUUGAGGUUGUCAUUCAGCGUCUCCAGGAAGCAGUGAGCAGAGAGGAUCUGCAGCUACUGGUGACUCACGAUGGAACCUGGGACACCUUUGUGGCAAUGACUAACUUUUCCAGGGAUGAGGCAGAUGCACUACGUGAAGCUCUAAAUGAAUGUAUAGAAGACACAGAUGAAAACCUGUGGGCUACAGAGAGUUUGAAUGAGUUUGCUAAGAUGAGAAUGGAGCUUCAGAGGCAGAUAGCCCAGCUCUAUGCCCUUGCAGACAAAAUCGACAAAAUACACAGGAAGUGCGCCAUUUCCAACGUGAUGACCAGCUCUACCCAAGCUGUCUCUGGAGUCCUAAGCAUCCUGGGUCUGGCUCUGGCACCUGUCACAGCAGGGGGCAGUUUGCUGUUCUCAGCAACUGGGAUGGGGCUGGGAGCAAUGGCUGCUAUGACUAGUGUUGCCACCACUAUAUUGGGCCAGUCAAGAGUGUCAUCAGCCAAAGCUGAAGCCAGGUGCCUAGUGACAAACAGCAAGGACAGAGCAAAGGAGACGGCACAGUCUGUGGGUCAGGCAGAACUCAAUGUUAUCCUCAAAUCUGCAAGAUGUAUCAAUGCACUGAAAAGUAUGAAGAGGAACAUCCAUGCCUUGAAACUAGUCAGAGUUAACCCUCACUUACUGGACAAUUCUAGCCACUUCAUGAAGAUUUGGAAAAUCUUUUUCCGAAAAGGUGAACAGGUACAGAAAGCCUUUGGAGGCACCGCUAUAGCAAUGUCCAAAGGAGCCCGGAUCAUGGGUGCAGCUGCUACAGGUCUCUUCCUUCUGAUGGAUGUGUACAACCUGGUGCAAGACUCCAAACAUUUGCAAGAGGGGUCAAAGGCAGAGUCGGCUGAAGAGCUUCGGCAGCAGGCUCGGGUUCUGGAGCAGAAGUUUGAGGAGCUCAUCCAGAUCGAAAAGAGUUUGGAGUCAGACUUGCUCAGAGAACCCAUCCCAUAAGAAGAGCAGUCAGAAGUCACAGGAGAUGUGUUUUUCAAAGGCAUGAAUGAAUAGAUGCAUUU